AUGAUCGGAGGUGGGGAAGGUGGGAGAGAGUGUAGGUGGCAGGAGAAGGCAGUGACGAGGGGUACGAACGGACGGUUGACUGAGGAGGGUCGAGAAUGUUCUGGCGAGAAGAAAUCCGAGGGACGAGGGAAUAUUAAUUUUAGGUGCAAGCCGUCUUUCCGUGAAGGAGGAACGCGGAACCACAGAGAGCCUCUGGUCGUUCGCCAUCACUGGGUCCACCGCAGGAAGCAGGACGGCAAGUGUAGGCAGUGCGGCAGGGGUUUUCAGCAGAAAUUCACUUUCCACAACAAAGACAUCGUGGCCAUCAGCUGCUCCUGGUGCAAACAGGCUGUGAGUCACUCACUCACUCACUCACCCACUCACCCUCUCACCCACUCACUCACCCACUCACCCACUCACCCUCUCACCCACUCACCCACUCACUCCACUCACCCACUCACCCACUCACUCACCCACUCACCCUCUCACCCACUCACUCACCCACUCACCCUCUCACCCACUCACUCACCCACUCACCCACUCACCCUCUCACCCACUCACCCACUCACUCACUCACUCACUCACCCACUCACUCACCUCACUCACCCACUCACUCACUCACCCUCUCACCCACUCACCCACUCACCCUCUCACCCUCUCACCCACUCACUCACUCACUCACCCACUCACUCACUCACCCUCUCACUCACACCCUCUCACUCACCCUCUCACUCACCCUCUCACUCACUCACCCUCUCACUCACUCACCCUCUCACUCACUCACCCUCUCACUCACACCCUCUCACUCACCCUCUCACUCACCCUCUCACUCACUCACCCUCUCACUCACUCACUCACCCUCUCACUCACACCCUCUCACUCACCCUCUCACUCACCCUCUCACUCACUCACCCUCUCACUCACUCACCCUCUCACUCACUCACCCUCUCACUCACUCACUCACCCUCUCACUCACACCCUCUCACUCACUCACUCACUCACUCACCCUCUCACUCACUCACUCACUCACUCACCCUCUCACUCACGCUCUCACUCACUCACCCUCUCACUCACCCUCUCACUCACUCACUCACCCUCUCACUCACUCACUCACUCACUCACCCUCUCACUCACUCACUCACUCACUCACCCUCUCACUCACCCUCUCACUCACUCACACACACAUUCACUGGUCUCCUGCUGUACUUUCCUCGUUACCACAACAAAGUGUCCUGCUUCAUGCUGCAGCACAUCGAGGAGCCCUGUCCAAUAGGAGCGCACGCAGCUCUCAUAGUCCCGCCCACCUGGGUCGUCCGGGUUCGCCGCCACCAGUCGUCGGUGAAGAGCAGCAAGAAGAACAAGCGAGCAUCGUUCAAGAGGAGGAGCAGCAAGAAGGCCUCCGAGGAGGGUCGACCCUGGAAGCCGUUCCUGAUCCGGCCCGUGCCCUCGCCGCUCAUGAAGCCUCUGCUGGUCUUUGUCAAUCCCAAGAGCGGAGGAAACCAGGGAACCAAGAUCCUGCAGUCACUGAUGUGGAACCUGAACCCCAGACAGGUGUUCGACCUCAGCCAUGGAGGGCCCACCGAGGGGCUGGAGUUGUAUCGCAAAGUGCCAAACUUGAGGAUCCUGGCGUGCGGCGGCGACGGCACGGUCGGCUGGAUCCUGUCGUGUCUCGAAGACCUCUCCUUUAACCCACAGCCCCCUGUGGCCGUGAUGCCGCUGGGGACGGGGAACGACCUGGCCCGGACCCUCAACUGGGGCGCGGGCUACACGGACGAGCCCCUGUCCAAGAUCCUGUCCCACGUGGAGGACGGGGACGUGGUGCAGUUGGACCGAUGGAACCUGCGUGUGGAGGGGAACCAGGCCGCCCCCCCAGACCCGGACGAGCAGCAGACUGACAAGCUUCCGUUGGACGUCUUCAACAACUACUUCAGCCUUGGGUUCGAUGCCCACGUCACGCUGGAGUUCCACGAGUCCAGAGAAGCAAACCCCGAGAAAUUCAACAGCCGCUUCAAGAACAAGAUGUUUUACGCCGGGACUGCUUUCUCUGACUUCCUGAUGGGCAGCUCCAAGGACCUCUCCAAGCACAUCCAAGUGGUGUGCGAUGGAACCGAUCUGACGGCCAAAGUGCAGGAGCUGAAGCUGCAGUGUCUGGUCUUCCUCAACAUCCCCAGAUACUGCGCCGGGACGACUCCGUGGGGGAACCCUGGAGAACAUCACGACUUCGAGCCCCAACGACACGACGACGGAUUCAUAGAAGUGAUCGGAUUCACCAUGACGUCACUGGCCGCGCUGCAGGUAGGGGGUCACGGGGAGAGGCUGCACCAGUGUCAACAGGUCACACUGACCACCACCAAGGCUCUGCCCGUCCAGGUGGACGGAGAGCCGUGUAGACUGAGUCCGUCUGUGAUCCACAUCAGUCUGAGGAACCAGGCCAACAUGCUGCAGAAGACCAAGAAGAGGACCUCAGCCCUGCACCUCAACGAUCAGCAGUCGCUCCCAGAGAGGCUGAGGAUCCGGGUGAGUCGAGUGGGAAUGUCGGACUAUGAGGCGCUGCACUACGACAAAGAGAAACUGCGACAGGCCUCGGUCCCCCUGGGCCUGAUCGUGGUUCCCGGGGACAGCGACCUGGAGACGUGCCGCCAUCACAUCCAGAGACUGCAGGAGGAAGAAGCCACGACGGUGUGUUACCAGCGCCUCUCUCCCACCUGGUGUUUCCUCGACUCCACGACUGCAGACCGAUUUUACAGGAUCGAUCGAGCUCAGGAGCACCUGAACUAUGUGCUGGAGCUCUCCCACGAGGAGGUCUUCAUCCUGGAUCCGGAGCUGGUCGUCAUGGCGACGGUGGGCACGGACCCGGCGGACACGCUUGACACGGCGGACACGGGGAGCAGCGUACCGGAGCAGAGCUCGCGCUUCGUUUGA